AUGAUUUCUUUAGACCUUCGGAGUCUUCUACACAUCAUCGUUCGAGACACCACCCUUCGCCUCACCAUCGACCUCCCCAUGAACACGCUUCGCGUCAUACACAAUAUGAACACACUUCGCGCCGCUCUCGAGAUGUCUACCCCACGCCUCAACCUAGACCUCGCGACGAAUAUUCUCCGCCUCGUUAUCAAUAUGAAUACACUUCGCCUCGUCCUCGAGAGACUUACCCUCCGCCUCAAUCUCCAGCACCUUCUGCCCCUUACCACUCGAGUUAUCUACCAUAAUGUUGGCUACGAGCCUGAGGGAACUGGUGGCGGCAGCAGAUCUCCGUCACCGGAAGACGAGACUCAGGGGUCGCCUUCCCAGGCGGAAGUCGCGAUACCAAUGGGACCGAGACCAAGUCGCGAGACACAACCCAGCCCAGACAAGCCCUUCCUCUUGCUGGGGAGCGUCAUCGACGCAUUCGACCUCGCCCAAAAUAUCCUCGACUUUAGCGGCUACGCCUACGGGUCUGGCAGCGAGACGACAGCACCCCUGGUCGCCUUCGUGAACCAGCUCACGAGCUACGGCGUUGGGCUCAGAGGUCUCAGAGACGGCGUGGAGUUUUGCGAGAGAGAGGAGAUAUCACGCAAGUGGCCGGAUGCGCCGAGCCUCAUCAACUCAUAUACCAGACGAGUAGCUGAUUACAACGCCGAUUUGCAAAGGAUCGUCGCAGAAUGUCAGGCAGCCAUGCCCAGGUUCUACCGCGAGAGCGAUGGAUCCAUCAAGUGGGGUGCCUGUCUCAAGUUCACCCGCGCUUUGCUUGGCAAACUGAAGGUAGAGAACGAGCUCAUUGAGGCUAUGUGCGGCUGGCGCUCGUGCUAUGGCACAGACUUGGCACCAGUUCUACCGAUGAUGAGUGACGAGAAAAAGAGACUGGACGAGGAAGACAGGCUGAGAUAUCAGGAAAGCCUUAGCGAAGAAGAGAGGCCAAGUGAGGAAGAGAGGCCGAUCGAGGACAGACGCAGAGGGAGAGAGAAGCAUGUACCGAGGGAGGAGCACGCACGUAGGAGGCACGGGCACGGGCACAAAAAGAGGCACCAUUGA